AUGGGAUGUAAGCUUUAUUAUAUACUGAUAAAGAGUGCUGUUUGUCAUUGGGCGAAUCGACUGACGCUGUUGGGAGACUCGACUUUAGGGCGAAACGACCACGUUUCGAUAGGUGUGAUCUGGUUCUACACGGCGGUACAAACAUGUUAUACGUAAAACCCAGUGGAAACUCAAUGAGCAAUAUUGUCUGGAAACCGACAUUAAAAAUUUAACAAUUCAACCAAAUUAACUGCAUGAAUGUUCAACGGAAAACUACCCAAAAUGUGUAGCUUAUCAUGCCGGUAUUUCAGCAUAAUGUCGAAUUCAGCUAUUUCUAUACACAAAACAAGCUGCUGAUUCACUCGUGUUUGCAGAACGUUAGAGAGGUUUUUUCAGUUAAACAACGCCGAAAAAAUUCAAAGUUCUCUUGUUAUCUAAGCACAAUGUUAAAUAUAUGAGAUUUUUACCUUUCGAAAGGAUUCUUUUACUCGCUUGAUCUGCGAUGAGUUUUCGCCAUGCCAGACAGCCUAUGGUCCCUGUACGGUCUUGUAUAAACAGAGUCUUACAAGGCGACGCGAGUUCAGGGCUUGAAAUCCUAUUUCAAAACCUCCGUCUUCUUCUUACGCUGUGAAUAUUACACAAAUGACGCACAGAAAAAGGGCAAUGAACUCUGAUGACAGUUGUCAGCUGUUCGUGGUUCUUCGCCGAACUGCAUGCCUUGGGGAUGUGUUGAGCCGCGUAUCGAUUUCGAACCCACCAAUCACAUGACGUUGAAAACAAUGAGACAGUUGUUCACCACCGGCGGGGUCCCAGCGGGGACGCCCGGCAGAAAAAAAAAAGAGAGAAGUCCUGGGGAAGUCUGAAAUGUCAUACGUCUCCACCCCUAGAAAAAAAAGUAGAGGCAAUGCAUGAAACGUCGCUGCUAAGCGUAAAAGUUGAGCCUCGCUCGACGUCUCGUUUAAGCUCAGCACUUUUUAUCUUGCCUCUACAGUAUUUUAUUUACGUGAUUAAAUUUUACGUGCGUUAACGUCCGUAGCCAGACUACGAAGAAAAAAAAAAUAACGAAACGAGCCUGAGAAUUAGCCGUUUCGGGGGAAAGGGGGGAAGAGAGAAGCGCACAGUAAAUCUUCACAUGGCUUUGCGACCGAAAUCCUAGCUAAAGGAUAUCAAAAUCAUAUCCCUCUUUCUGCAAACACUUCAUCCCGACCAAUAAAAAAUAUGAUUAGACUUUUGUCUUCCCAAUUUCGCUUUCCUAAACUGAACCAUGAAAUGCUUCCUGGCUACCGAGGCCAGGGUGGAAUAACUCCGCGUGGCCAGUACGGAUAGUAGACUCCAAAAAAUCACAAAAAAAAAAACACCGUAAAGUGUGUCGUAAGAGUCUCACACGCGCGAAGCGCGCCAGCCUCAGACCUUUUUUCAGACCUUUGUUUGACUUCUCGCGCCAAAAAAAAUGCGCACUGUUUUGCACUCAAUGUACCCUACCAAAAAAUCCGUUUCUCCUCGCUCUUCGCCAAAAUGUCCCCGGCGGCGAAGAGCGAGGAGAAACGGAUGUUUUCGCAGGCUACAGUCUAUUGCUUAAAGAAGCUCCGGAUAUCGGCCCGCUCUAUCGCUAUUUAGCCCAUGCAUACAGAUAUCCUGUAUAGUCACAUGACUUCUAUAAUUAAUUAAAAAUGUAUGUAUGAAUAUACGACACGUUUCUCUUUACCUGUAAACAGUUCAUUCCAGGGAGUAAUGUAAUGAAAGGCUUCAUAACUUCUUUCCAUAUAUGAAUAUUUUUUUUUAUCGCGCAUGCUUCACUUACUCGACUACUCUUGACUUUUGUACAGUGGAACCCAGGAAUGGGCCACUGGUGGAACCCCGAUAUAACGAAGUCCUCGGUUUCACGAACUAUUUUCUUUACCCUAGACAUAACAAGAUAUAUGAAAAAUAACCUCGAUAUAACGAACACAUUUUGCUAGUCCCUUGGCUCUUCGUUAACUCGAGGUUCCACUGUAUCGACUGUUCAUACAUACAUACAUAUUUAUUGGCUCGUCCCCACGUGGCUUUCAGAGUCGACGUUACAGUAAUAAUAUUAAACACAGAAAGCUAACAACAAGAAAAAUAAUUAACUAACUAAAGAGGGCGUCUAGAGGAAGUCGUCUAAGAGUUGAUGCUUGAAACUUUUAACGGAUUCGCUUAAAUAGCUUGAACAAUGGUUGCAACUUAUUCCAAAAGGACGUCGCUCUUUGUUCGAAGGAUAUUUGGCCACUAGAAGUGCGGAACAGUGGUAUUCUGAACAUUUUCGACUUCCUGGUUGUCCUUGUCGAAACGGCCGAUCUUUUUACGAACUUUGAUGUUAAGUAAGCUGCAGCACUCCCAGUCAUGCACUUGCACCGUAAUUUUAAGGCAGUUAUUAUAACUCCAAAAAUGGAGUAAAAAGUUAAGGUACAGGAUAACCCCUUUUGGGGGGGUUAUUUUAUAACUCCGAAUCUGGGGUCAUUUUUACUCCUCGAAGAGAGUUGUUUUUACUCCCAAUCUGGAGUUAAAAUAACUCCGAAAUGGGGUUACUUUUACUCCUUACAUGAGUUGUUUUUACUCUUUUUGGAGUUAAUUUAACUCUCAAAGUAGAGUAAAAAUUUUAGGAUAACUCCUUUUUGGGGGUUAUUUUAACUCCUCAAUAUCUGGGGUCACUUUUAAUCCUGAAAAAAAGUUAUUUAAACUCCUUUUUGGAGUUAAAAUAACUCCCCAAAAAAUAACUCCAUUGUAAGGAGUUAAAUUAGUCUCACUGGAGUCGAAAGUAUAGCUUUUGCUUGACCGGGAGCCAACACAAGUCCUGCAUAUCUUACUGUCAUGCAGAAAGAACAAGAACACAAGCCUCACGUCAUGUCACUCCAAAUUUGCUCCAUGAUUGGGUAUUUGCUUGGUUUGUACCUUGCGAAAACAGCUGUUUCUCCUCGCUCCCCGCCGCUGGAAGCGAUGAGGGAGGGGAAACAUCUGUUUUCGCAGGCUACUUGUUUUGGUUCCCGGAUCAAAGCAUUCCCAUAAGUGGAAAAGCUCUGGACUGGUAAAGACGAAACUUCUGUUAAAAAAAGAAAAAAAAAAAUAGCGAAUUGUAGCUCUUGUAGAUCUUGAGACUCAAAGGUCUCCAAAAACGACGCUUAACUGGAGAAUAUCAAAUUUGAAACAAAAAAGAUCUAUCGAAAGGUUUCAAAAUUAUUUGCCAGUUUCUUAAAGUAAACCGAAAUGUUUCCAAACCCCCUCCGAUGUCAUCCCAACCCUGAUCAUAACAAUUUUCACCUUUAUCUAAUACAAUUGUGGUGGAAAUUUUUCAAAAUGUGGGUUUAUGGCGACCAUUAGCACAAACGUGGGAGGUAUUGACCCUGAAAAACUGCAUCAAGCCACCAUAACGAGCUGACUUCCCGUCGUAUCAACAAUACAAUUGAGAAAAUAUUUUAAAUUGCCUAUUUUUAACGGAUUUUUACCUUUAAAAAGUCACCUAGAAUUUUCGAGAGCUUUUUUUGUGGCUGAAAUUUUGACCCCUAUAAUUUUCGGAUCACUAGACUUCCAGCUAGGAAAUCCGAAGAGAUGAAAAAUUUUUAGGGGAUAAAAAUAUGCCUAUAUCUGCUGUUUAAGUACUAAAAUACGUUCAACAAUGCUAUGUUUAAGUUUAUGCUUGGUUUGAGUGGUUGGGUGCCCCCCGUGAUACUAUGAUUUCUAAUUAUAGUGAGCUUUCUGUUGCUUUUUAUGAGCAUUUCUCAACAAUUGGGCCCCGACGUGCCAAUGAAAAAACUCCAACUUAUAACUACCGUAGUAUUAGUAAAGUCCAACUGGUGGACUUUCAUCAAUGCUGCGUUCUGAUUGGUUGAGCUACUACUAGGCUACAUGGUUAUCGCCCACUAGUGGCGAAAAGCGCCGGCUUUGAAGACCAAAACAAUGGCGGCUAAAUCGCGUAUUGCUAGCUAUUGCUGGGGUUUCUCUCAGUAUUUUUGACCAACUACCGGGAUUUUACUAAAACAAUUAUCCCUCUUGGCACUACAGCUGCCCCUGCUCUGUGUGUUGUCGGUUAAUGGCCGUUUUCACUCUAGACACGAAUUCACUGUCAUUUAAGUUUUAACUAUUAAGGCAAUUCUUACAAAAAAACAAAACAGAAGGACAGUUGUGAGUUGGGAAUAUGUCAGCACAGAGGGAUCGACGAAUUUCUGUAAUCGUCCAUCGAUCUGCUAUUGAUAAGAUAGCCUGUUCUAGGCUACGAAAUAAUGGUGAAAAGUCGUUCAGUAACAAGAAAUGCGGAAAACGCGCGGGGGCUGGGGAGAGACAAGAUAGUUGUCAAGGCUGUUGAUUCACUCGUCUUGCUUGUUUAUGGACUGAGUCUUAUUCCCCCGAAGCGAGAAAAUACAUGUUCGGCAGAUUCAUUGUUUCCAACCAUAUAUUUGUGAUAGAUUUGAGUUUUGUAAUAAACUCAUGACCGUGUAUAUACACAUAGUUAUACGCACCCUAUAACUUCCUCCGCGCUUGGUUCAUAACUUUUCGAAACUUUCAAGACACCAUGUAACGCAAAAGAGUAUCGAAGUAUGACUGUACAACAAGUGUUAGAAAAUCAACCCAAGCGGUCCCUUCGGGGAUUUCUGUUUCACGCGAUCCUAACCAUUUCUAACUUGUGGGCGUGAGAAAUAGAAACGCCAUCAUUACUCAACGAUUCCAUGCGGCCCCUGAUCAACCAAGUCGAGAGUUAUUCUGAUAUACUGACUGUUAUGUAUAUGUUGUAGUUGAUUUUUUAUCUCAGGUAAUUUUUAUUUUUCUUUUGUUUCAACUUCAUUUGCAUACAUUACCAUACCCCAAAACAAAAGAAAAUUUACCUGAGAUGAAAAAUUAACUACAACAUAUAUCUUAACUAUAAGUACUUCACUAUACUAACUUGCGAGCUACUAGGAUGCCUUCUCGGAAUAUCGAUCCCUGUAAGGGCGAUAAUGUUUUAAGUUAUGUUAACAAUUCAUUGUUAACAAUGCCAACAUUAAUCGGGCACAACAAGUCAAUGUCACACGACGAGCUGCUCACUACGGCUAACAUGGCAUCCUUAUAUUGUAGGCGAUUACACCAGACGUUACUACUUCUUUUUAAAUGUUUUUAAAAUGGUACGGUACCUACUUAUAUUGGAAGCCUCUUUAAAUACAGGCAUACACCGUAUAGGCUAAGAGGCGAGGGCGUGAAUUUGGAAUGACCUAACUUUAAUCUUAAAUUUAAGAAGAAUUCUUUCACUUAUUCAUUAACUAAGCUAUGGAACACUUUGCCGCCUCAAGUGCGUCUUUCAAGUGAUGCUAAUGACUUCAGAAGUAAAUCGCACGAUUGCAGCUUUUUAGAAUGUGUCUUAUAGUGCACGAUUGUAGCUUUUAACUGUUUUUAGAACGAGUAUUAUAGUUUUCCUAGUCACGUUUUUAGUACGUGACUCUUUGGUCGGUUUUAGCUUUUUAUAUUUUAUGUUUUUAUUACCAAGUUUUUUAUAUGUAUAAAUUUAUUUAAUUGUUUUUAAAAUUGAAUAAUAUUAUAUAGCUGUAAUUAUUAUAGAUUUUAUUUAUACACGUUCGUAUUUUGAACGAGUUUUUUUAGCUCUUUGACGUAACGUGUUAAAAUAAAUGAUUGAUUGAUUGAUUGAUUGAUUGAUAUGGUCAAUGUUGCCCAUUACGAUCCCCUUCCUCCUCAUGUCCUACCCGGGAAAUGUGCAUUUUUUUGUUCUCUUUUCUAGUGGUCCCCACCCCCGGUCACGCAAAAGGAGAGAAUAUAAUUCCCCGCCCCAGAGCUCCUGAUUGGUCUCAUUUACGUUAUGUUAGGUACUCUUUUUACGAGCAAAAGUAGUUUCCGUACAAUAUUCAAACCACACACUGUUUCCAUGUGACUAGUGUGUUGAUCGGUGAGAGUUGUUGCGUUGUUUUA